AGCCUCAAUAAAAUGUCUUCCAAAGUUUCCCCCACUGUUUCCAAAGCCAAGGACCAGCAUCACGUAGGCCAGUUGCAUCAACAGCAGCAGCAGCCAUUCCCAGAAGCCAAUGCUGAAGCCAUCAGCUUUCUCAACUCCUUCUGUGAGCCAGAUGGUGGGGCAGGCGUGGGGAGGAGAGGGCUGGAGGAUAUGCUCCUAUUCUUCCCGGAGACUCUGGCCAUCCUCUCAGACACAGGGGAACCUCAGGGAGAACUGACCAUUGAGGUGAAGAGGGGGAAGUACAAGGACGACGUGGGGAUCCUGACCCACUGUCUACUGGUACACGCCUCUAGCCGCGGCUUCCUAGACAAAUCACUGUGUGGGAGCUCCCUCCUAGGCUACCUAAACAAUAAUCUGGAGCUGAUGGAACAGCACAGUCAGGAGUUCAUCAAGUUCCCCAUCCUUCCCAUGGAGAGGAAGAUGAGCGUCCUGAAGCAGGAUGGCCAGUUUGUUGUGACCAGAAGUGUCAAGGAGGGUGAGGAAACGAAGACCGGAGUCUCUGUUUUCCCCUGUAAAACAUUCAAGGGCUUUGUCUCCAGUGCUGCCAAUGUGGUGCUGCUGAGAGUGAUGGCCUGGCAGCAGUCGGUGCCCAGUGGGGCUUGCUUCCUAGCCUUAGACUCCGAGGGCAAGCUCUGCCAUUGUACCUACAAAUCCCUGGGUUUCCAGACAAUCCAAGUGGGUAACCAGCAGGCUGAAAUGUUCAUCGUGGAGCAAACCGUACACUCUGAAGAGGGCAUCCCCUUCUCCUGCCAGUACUACUUGCUCCCUGAUGGGCACCUGGCUAAGAGAGUCCAGGUGGGCUCUCCAGGAUGUUGUAUCAUCACCAAGAUGCCCCUCAUAAGAGAGGAGGAUGUGAUCGAGUCUCCGCCCACGUUUGAUAAGAAGCCCCUGGUUUGGGAGGAAGAUUUGGAGCUUUACUCAAAAUUCCUGGACCGGAAGGAGCAGCUGCGCCUCAGCCACGCGAGUUAUCUGCGGCAUCACCCCGAGGCCCAAGCCCUGGUCUCCGACUUCCUGCUGUUCCUGCUGCUCCGCCGGCCCGAGGACGUGGUCACUUUCGCUGCUGAGCACUUCAGGCCGUUUGCAGCGCUGCGCUCGCCUAUCCCAGCCCUGCGAUCCUCACACCAGCCCAGCCCUUUCCGCACUCUGGAGGAGGAGGAAGAAGAGGAGGAGAAGGAGGAGAAGGAGGUGGAAGAGGGGGAGGAAAUAGUCGGGGAGAUAGAGAGGGAGGAAGAAGAAGAGGAGAUAGAAGAGGGCGAUGACUACUUGUACAUCGACGAGGAUGAAGACAUCGAGGACUACACCUACUAUGACAGUUACUAUGACAACUACGAUGAAGAAGAUGACAAUUACGAUGAUGUCAACAACUACGAUGAUGAUGACGACAUUGCCAAUGUUGACGACAAUGACGAUAUUGACAAUUACGAUGAUGACAACGACGAGGACGAGGACGACGACGAGGACGACGACGAGGACGACGAUGAUGUUGUUGAUGACAAUGAUGACGAUGAUGUCGACAAAGUCCGAACCAAAGUCGACAUCCUCAAUGUCGACAAUGAUGACAACGAUGUUGUCGACAGUGACAACGUUGAUGUCAACAAUGACAACAACAACCAGGGUUAGACUCUCGAAAACGACUAGGUGGGUGGCUAGAAUCGGGAGACUGGGCCUGGCUGGGGCUGCGGCUUCAGUGGGAGAUAAGCAGGGUCUUUCCCCAGUUCUACUCUGCCAGCAGGGACUGUAUUUGGCCAGCUCUUCUUGUUAAAAAAGGGAAGCUUUAAUUUCGUUUGCCCAGCGAGUUUCAUGUUUUCUUCCUAGAGUCUAUUUUCAUAGUUAUGGCCAUUUCAGAGAAAAUAAAAUUAAGGCCUGUG